CUCUGAUAUCACCAUAAGAAAAAGAUAAACGUCAAUUUGUCAGUUUUCCUUUAGAUUGCUUGAACAAUUGCUUAUAUACAUUUGCAUCUUGUAUGAUUUAUAUUAUCAAUCGAAUUAAAUAUAUGAAUCAUUAAAGUAUAUAAAAUUAAUUGCAAAUUGUUUAUUUAAAUAAUUAUUUUUAAACUAGUCACUUAAAUAUGCAGUUAUUGGAUCAUGGCAUGUCAAAAAAUCUGAAGGUAGUUCAUAAAACAUUUUUCUCUCUAAAGGACCCUAAUGAGGAUACCGAAUGGAAUGAUGUGCUCCGUGCAAAAGGCAUUCUACCGCCGAAGCAAAAAGAAGCUGAAAUCACAGAGGAGCAAAUCCAAGAGAUGGUGGACGAUGCUAUAAACAGGCGAACCGAUUUAAAGAGUGGAGAAAAUGGUUGUUUAAAGCAAAUUGACGAAAUGUCUUUGGAUGAGUUAGACGAACUGGAAGAUUCUGAAGACGAAGAGAUACUGGAACAAUACCGCCAGCGACGGAUAGCAGAAAUGAGGGCAUUUUCCGAGAAAGCUAAAUUUGGAACAGUGCGGGAGAUAUCUGGACAAGAUUAUGUAAGCGAGGUGACAAAGGCGGGAGAUGGCAUUUGGGUAGUGAUCCAUCUUUAUGCAAAUGGUGUACCCCUUUGCUCUCUUAUUCAUCACCACAUGCAACAGUUGGCUGCAAAAUUUCCGCAAACGAAAUUCUUACGUUCCAUAGCAACUACUUGUAUACCUAACUUUCCUGAAAAGAACUUGCCGACAAUUUUUAUUUAUAACGAAGGUCAAUUAAAGAAACAAUAUAUUGGGCCAUUGGAAUUACGAGGUGAGAAACUUACGCUCGAUGAAUUAGAGUUUCUGCUGGGAAAAGCCGGUGCAAUUUCUACAGAAAUAAAAGAAGAUCCAAGACCUCAAAUUCGUGAUAAAAUGUUGUCUGACUUGGAAAGUCAAAAUAUUGACUUUUAUUAAUUAAAACAACGCAAAUAUUUUUGUUUAUGUUUUUUUUUUUAUUGAAGACAAAAAAUUGCUUUCAUUGUUAGAACACGAUGUAAAAAAUAUUUAUUUCGUCAAAUAUAUGUAUGUUUGUUUUUUCGUACGAAA